UUGAGGCGAAACAAACUUUACUUUGUGUUUUCUUUCUCCCAAAACUCAUGAAAGAUUCGGAGCGGGUUCCGAUUGGCUGCCGCAAUACAAAAAAAAAAAAGUCGGCCCCUCUCCUGAUUGGUCGCUCGAGCCGCUUCCGCGUUGUCACUCAGCGGCGGUCCCUCCCUCCCUCCUCACAGCUGUGCCUGAGUCUCUCCGGCAGCCUGCCUCUGACCGAGCACCGGGACGGGACGGAGGGAUGAAGUAGACUCCGAGUUUAUUUAUUUUUUUUACCUCAACGAAAACGAAGCAAGUUUUGUGACCGUGGAGCUGCUGCGCGGGUCCAGUUCUGAUACACGAACUCGUGUCAGGCUGUUUCUCAGAGGGACUGUUCGACGUGUUUGAGGAGAUUCGGGAUUUACUGGAGGGAAGUUUAAAUCCCUGCGCUGCCCGGACGGGAAAGGUGAGACUGAGGGGGGAGCUGCUUCAACUUUUUCCAGGCUGUCCCGCCUGAAAACAUCAACAUCAGGUCGUGUGAGCGGAUCUGUGCGGUGUGUUCACUGCGGUGUGUUCACUCUGGACUCUUCACGCAGUAUGUGUGACGCGCGCCCCGCGGUGUAAACCAGUUCAUCCAGCUCGACGGAGUUUCGACUGCUGAUUGACUUCCAGGUAAAACCGCCGACCAGGUUUUCCCACAAGUCCUCCUACAGUAAGCCGUUUCACAGCAAUGGCUGGUCUGAUAAAUGUCCACAUGAAGACUCUGGAGGACCUGACGCUGGACUCUGGGUACGGGGCGGGGGACUCCUGCAAGUCCCUCAGCCUGUCCUCCUCCAAGUCCAACUCCCAGGCCUUCAUGACGGCCCCUCACCGGGGCAACUGGUGGUACUACUCCGGGUCCAUGAACAGCAGGAACAACAGCUGGGACACGGUCAACACCGUCCUGCCCGAGGACCCGGAGGACAUCUUCUCCAAGUGCCCCCGCUUACCUGAGCUGGAGGAGUUCCCCUGGACCGAAGAGGAGGUGGCCAGGAUACUGCGCAAAGUGGCCGAGAGCGGGAGCACGAAACUGGGACCCGCACCUGUGUUCUCCCCGGAGGCCGUGCGGCGGCUGUCCGCGCUCCUCCGCAGGGCGCUGAUCCGCAUCUCCCGAGAGGCGCAGCGGCUCAGCGUCAUGCACUGCCGCUGCACGCGCUUCGAGGUGCAGAGCGCCAUGAGGCUCGUGCUCAGCUGGGCUCUGGCCGACCACUGCGUCUCCGCCACGGUCAAGGCCAUCUCCAUGUACAGCAUGAGCGCCGGGGAGCUGCUGAGGAAGGGCAAGUCGGCCCGCUGCGGCCUCUCCUUCUCCGUGGGACGCUUCUUCCGCUGGAUGGUGGAUACGCGCAUCUCCGUGCGCAUCCACGAGUACGCAGCCAUAUGCCUGACCGCGUGCAUGGAGGCUCUGGUGGAGGAGAUAGGAGCCCGGGUGCUGAUGGCCGAGAGGGGUCAUUCGGGGCCCGACGCGGGGUCAGCAGGCGCGACAGUGAGCGCAGAGGCCCUGGAGGGGGUGGUGAACAAUGACGCGGAGCUGUGGGGAGUCCUGCAGCACUACGAGCACCUGAUCUGCGGGAAGAACGCCAAUGGUGUUUUGUCUCUCCCGGCCCAUUUCAGCCCGUACACAGAGAACCAGCAGACGUCUGUGGACAGCAGGGAGGAUGCCUAUGCCCAGCUGGAGCUGAGGACGCUGGAACAGUCACUGCUGGCUACCUGUGUGGGCAGCAUCUCCGAACUCAGUGACUUGGUGUCCCGUGCAAUGCACCACAUGCAGCGCCUGAGCUCAGUACGCCCGGGACUGAGCCCAGCCCGCCACGCCCGUCCCCAGCAGCCCGUGUCCUGGUCGCCGGACGCCCUCCACACCCUUUACUACUUCCUGCGCUGCCCACAAAUGGAGUCCAUGGAGAAUCCCAACUUAGAUCCCCCACGCAUGGCACUUAGCAAAGAGAGGCCAUUCCUGUUGCUGCCACCUCUGAUGGAGUGGAUGCGAGUGGCCAUAGUUCAUGCCGAGCAUCGCAAGAGUCUGUUGGUGGACAGCGAUGAUGUCAGACAGACCGCCAGGCUGCUCCUCCCCGGACUGGACUGUGAACCGAGACAGCUGAAGCCUGAAUGUUGCUUCAGCUCCUUCAAGCGUCUCGACUCCAGAGCCGCCACGGACAAGUUCCAGCUAGAUUUGGGUUUCCGGAUGCUCAACUGUGGACGCACGGAUCUCAUUGGCCAGGCCAUCGACCUGCUGGGGCCUGAUGGGGUCAACAGCAUGGACGACCAGGGGAUGACGCCUCUGAUGUACGCCUGCGCAGCUGGAGACGAGGCCUUAGUGCAGAUGUUGAUCGAUGCCGGGGCCAACCUGGACGUGGCGGUGCCGCCAUGCUCCCCAAAACACCCGUCUGUGCAUCCUGAUAGUCGCCACUGGGCAGCCCUCACCUUCGCUGUUCUGCACGGACACAUCUCCGUAGUGCAGCUCCUGUUGGACGCAGGGGCCAACGUGGAGGGCGCCGCGGUCCGCAACGGACAGGAGAGCACGGCCGACACUCCGCUGCAGCUGGCCUCAGCAGCAGGCAACUACGAGAUGGUGAGUUUACUCCUGGCUCGAGGUGCAGACCCCUUAUCCAAGACCCACGAUGGAAACGCCCUGACGUCGUCCCUGUACGAAGACAUGAACUGCUUCAGUCACGCUGCAGCACACGGACACAGGAACGUGCUGAGAAAGCUACUGACUCAGCCCCAGCAAGUCAAAGAGGACGUCCUGUCCCUGGAGGAGAUCUUAGCCGAGGGGGUGGAGGGCGAGGAGGCCGGGAUCUGCCCUUUCCUCCCUCUGUCCCCCCUCCCCACCCCUUCUUCUGGCCCUGGGGCCCUGCCAGAGGGAGGCAUAGCAAGACUCUGCAAGGCCAGGAUGAAAGCUCUGCAGGAGGCGAGCUACUACAGCGCCGAGCACGGCUACCUGGAUGUCACCAUGGAGCUGCGAGCUAUGGGUGUACCCUGGAAGCUGCACGUGUGGCUGGAAUCUCUGCGUUGUGCCCAGCAGCAGUCGAGGGCCGGUGUCACCCUGUCGCUCCUCAGAGAGUUCACCACCAUCAGAGAGGAGGACUACUGCGAGGAGCUGGUCACCGUCGGCCUGCCCCUGAUGUUCAGCAUCUUACGGACAACCAAGAAUGAUGCCAUCGUACAGCAGUUGGCAGCUAUUUUUAGUCACUGUUUUGGCCCAGCACCUCUUCCAGCCGUCCCCGAGAUGAAGGCAACUCUUUCAGCUCAGCUGGACCCUCAUUUCCUGAACAACAAGGAGAUGUCAGAUGUGACAUUUGUGGUGGAGGGGAAACCGUUUUACGGCCACAGAGUCCUUCUGAUCACAGCUUCUGACAAAUUCAGGUCUCUGCUGGCCUCCCACGGACCAGACGGGAGCCCCAACAAGCAGAUUGAGAUCAGUGACGUCAAGUACAACAUUUUCCAGAUAAUGAUGUCAUACCUGUACUGUGGAGGAACAGAGUCGCUGAAAACGAACGUCUCUGACCUGCUGGAGUUGUUGUCAGCUGCCAGUCUGUUCCAGCUGGGGGCGCUACAAAGACACUGUGAACUCAUCUGCUCUCACCACAUCAACCUGGACAAUGCAGUCAGCAUCUAUAAGACAGCCAAGGCCCAUGGUUCGGUGGAGCUCAGCUCUUUCUGUGAAGGUUACUUCCUGCAGCAGAUGCCCGCUUUGCUGGAGCGAGAGGGCUUCAGGAGCCUGUUGCUGGGACCCCCCGGGGCCCGACAAGGAAACUCCUCCACUUCUACGCUGGUCCACAGCCGGGGGGAAUCACCUGUGGAGGAGCUGGAGGCCACGCUGGCUCAACGGCUACGCUCGCUCCACGUCACCUCCCGAGUCUGAGGACAACAGGAGCGCUGCAGAGGAGAGAGAGGAUGGAAAUAAGUGGAAGAAUGUGGAAGUCGGAGAGGAAGUUUUCAUCUUAUCACUGACACAGGAUCCGAUCUUGAGGAGCCGUCUAAAUAGCUUGAGAUGUUUUCUAAUUAGCAUCUGAUCCUAUCUCUGGUAACAAGCGACUUCCACAGUACUUUAACACUGGGGCGGAGAUCAGAGAGUUCAUAUUUAGUGCCGAGCACUCCAUCUUGACAUUUUUAUUGCAGUGUACAGCAUGUUUAUGAAGAAGAAAACUGGACUACGUGAUGCUUUUUUUUUUUUUUUCCUACAAGGCUCGGGAAGCUUUAACGGAGAAGCAACAGAUGGAUGCAACAGGUGGGAGGUCUGAAUAAUGAAACACUGCUGCCCUCUAAUGGACAAAACUGGCAGAAUAAAUGAUUGCCUGGGAGGAUUGGGAUCAAUGGCGCCCUCCUGGUUCUGACUGAAGCUAUGUAAAGAAACAAGACUGAAUCAUCUGUUAGAGUCAAGUUAGUUGGACAUGGUGGACUUUUGGAUUUUCAAACUAAUAAUGCAGAGUGGGAGGAAGGAAGGAAGGAUGGAAGGAUGUGAGGAAGGAGACUCGGUGCCUCCAGCAUUGACGUAAGCUUCGGAUUAACAAAUGUACUUUUUAUGUAUGUUUUUUAUUUUCUAUUUUUAAAAAAAAGAAAAGUAUGACCGCAGAAACAAAAUGCUUACUUCAGAGUGGGAUGGACAUUUUCUAUUUAAUGAGGAGAAAAAAAAAAAGAUGUGAGAGUAUUUAUCGGGGUGUUCCCUUUUUAUUGUGUUUGUUUGUUUUGUUUUUUUAAUCCAAGCAAAAUUAUUAAUAUUAUUGUUGAAAAAGUUGCUUUUGUGUAGCUGUUGUUGUUUUUUUCCCCCCAGGUACACUCUUUAACAGUUAAUUAAGCUUAUGUAUACUGUAUGCUUCUUACGCAGGUAACAGCAGCAGAAUCCAAACAUGGGAUUUUGGAAUACAUAAAGUCUGUUUUAAAUGCUGAAUAUUGUAAUAAACCUGGUAAAUGAG